GGCUCGUAUCGCAUGGAUCCUUGCCCGGACUCGACUGCUYUCGGCUAGAUUACAAACGUGGAUUCGAUUCUAGCARCUCUUUUCGAGUCAGRACCACACCGAGAUGCAGGGACGGGCAGCUGCCGUGCGGCGAUGGCGAUCCCUGGCGAUCCAUGCUCCCUGCGGACGCCAGGGCUCCGCCUCGAUCACCACAGCGACAAACCGGGCUUCUGGAACACUUGCUUCCCGUCUCGGAGGUUUUCACCGACAUCGGAAGCGACGAUACGAAAAAAUAACUUAUUUCCACGCGACGACCUCUCCCUCGGGAUCUCAGCCGCUAGCAGCCGCUGUUUCGAAAGAUCACCACGACGACGACACUGCUUCACACGACCAGGAACACCAAGCCGCGUUGGACAUGGAAAUAGAGGCAUUUACCAAUGCCUGUCUGACRCGMUUGUUGCCGGAGAAUSGUUCYUACAAYGACAGACAAGGACCACYUUCACGGAGGGAAGUUGGUAGCUACAACUCUWUAAAUSGAGAACUAGUUGUCGACGAGGUCGAGGGAGAUGACGACACGGACGUGGAWGGGGAUUCAAACCACGAUAUUGUCGAAGAGACUGCUCUGCCGUCGAGCGAAGAAAACUCURGAAGGGAUUCUACAAUGGCCGGCGAUGCCAAUGAGGAAACGAGCUCAUUUAAAACCACYGCUUCGGUGAUGGAAAUGCUGAGGAAUUUUGAUCCUGUGAAUCCACCCACUUCGGGCGAUCCGGAAGAGCUGGAGCUCUGGUUGGAGUGCUAUUCCCAGAGAGAGACGGUACUGAGGCACCAAGACAUGCUUCAGAAGGCRAGAGAUCGCAAGGCGUUCGAYUCGAUGAGUUURAUGCAGCGACACGUGGUYCAGUGGUUCCAGGGAAUGCGGGACGCCAUCGAGCGGAGGCAAAAAGAAUUUCUUUCGAAUCAAGACAAGCGGCGAGCCAGCAACCGCUACGGGCCAUUCCUAUGCUCGCUGCAUCCGGACAAAAUGGCAGUGAUACUUGCACAAGAGGCAAUCAUCCAAGCACUGCUGAACAGUGGAAAGGAUGGCAAAGAGGGAAUACCAUUGGUGAAGAUAGCGCGAGCUAUCGGAGCGGCCGUAGAAACAGAGGUGGUGUCGCAGCGAAGAAUGAAAGAACGAUUCCACAACUUUCCCCCAGCUGUCUCGCCUAGYACCGRUGACGAAAACMAAAACGAAAACMAAAACGAGGACCAUGCCGGUGACGUUGCAGCAAAGGAAUACUCCAUGGAUCGAUGGUCGUUCAGUGCUUCUCACUUGAAGCUUUUCUUUGAAGAUCUGCAACGUAUGGGGAUGGGGAAAACCAAACGAUCCAUUCAGUUUGCAAUAAAACGAGCUAAGCAGGCGAUGAAUAAUUGUGAGACAUGGACAAACGAUGAUCUCAUCCAUCUUGGCGCGGCACUUCUCUCGAUAAUUACAGAAAAUGCCAAGGUGAACGUGAACGGAAGAGAGGAACCCGCGUUUCGGGUCGAAAAGCGAUGGUCGAACAACGGCACCAAAGUAACGUCCUAUGUAACAAUAAACAAUCACCUCCACAAAAUCUUUCUGGAGGAAGAAUACCUUUCCUGGGCAGCGAAUACCACCCGGCACAUGCCUAUGAUUGUUCCUCCCUCGAACUGGACCGGACCAAACAAGGGGGGCUACCGUUGGCUUGAAGUAGAAAUGAUGAGAACGCAUCGUUCCAAUGUACAAAAAGAAGCUCUSGAGCAUGCCGAUCUCUCCACUGUCUGUGACGGUUUGAAUAUAUUGGGCAAGACGGCGUGGAAAAUCAACAAGGAAAUCCUUAAAGUUGGCGAAUACUGCUGGGAAAACAAUAUCCCGAUUGGAGAUAUACCUUCGAGAACAGAUUUGAAGGUUCCCCCCGAACCGAAAUACCCAGUGGAAUACGACCCAGAGAUGUAUACCAACAAAGACGAUCCAGCGAUGAAGGAAAAGAUAGAAGCCAUCCAGUCGUAUAGAGAAAGCACGACGAAGUAUCAGAGAGUUAUCCAAAAGAAUAUGGUGCGUUUUUUCUUUUAUUCAUUUCCRUCUCCGUUUUGGUUUUCCACUUAUACUGUUCUCACCUGCGUCUAAAUUUGUCUGCACRCACGGAUAGGAUCUUCGUUCUCUUCGGUGCUCUGCUAUGCUCAAACUAAACCAAGCGAAAAAGUUCCAAGAUUUCGAGAAAAUAUACUUCCCAUACAAUCUUGACUUUCGUGGGCGUGCCUGUAAGUCUCCUCGCUCUUUCUAGCAAGCCUYGCCGCGAACGGCUUGUUUCAAAUCUUUCAUGAUUCUAAAUUUUCUUUUUGCUAUCGUUUACUCGAAGACCCUGUGCCGCCGCACCUAUCAAAUGUAGGCUCAGAUUUGUGCCGAGGUAUGUUGACAUUUUCAGAGGCWAAACCUCUUGGCAAGCGGGGACUUUAUUGGCUAAAGGUCCAUCUUGCAAACUUUGCUGGCAAAGAUAAAAUGUCAUUCGAUGAUCGUGCAAAUUACGUUGAUGACAACAUGGAAAAUGUCAGGGAGUGUGUUCGAGAUCCUUUUUCGGGUAACAACUGGUGGAUGGAACUAGAUGACCCAUUCCAAGGUCUUGCAACCUGUCGCGAGAUYGUCCACGCCAUCGAUUCUGGUAAUCCGGAAGCGUAUAUGUGCUCCCUUCCUGUUCACAUGGACGGUUCUUGCAACGGACUACAACACUAUGCUGCCAUCGGGAGAGAUACAGUAGGCGGGAAGGCAGUGAACCUCUUAGAGGGUGAUGGUCCGGAGGACGUAUGUAAGUUGUCAGAUUCUCGAGCACAGUAACCAGCAAACAAAACUUWUKUGUUCCUCUUCURACAAAGAUUUUGAUCAAAAAAUUUGGUUUGCAUUAGAUGUCGGUGUCAUGCAUGAAGUGAUUCGGAGGGUGAAAGAAGAAGCAGAACUAGAUGUUAGAUUCGAUGUCGACGACGCCGAUCUGAAUUCAAAACAACGAAAAGCUAUAAAGAACAAUGCAGCCGCGAAACUCGUGAACGGAUUAAUUGAUCGYGGCGUCGUAAAGCGAACAGUCAUGACAAGUGUGUACGGCGUGACAUAUAUUGGCGCCMGACAACAAAUCCAAGAAAAGAUAGAAGAAAAAGUAAGGAUCGAACAUUUCUGCUGUUUUUUGUCUUUUGCUGUAUUAUUUCGUAUGUGUCUCCUAAAUUUUGUUUAUUUUAAAAUAUUUUCAGCUGAAAGAGAAAGGAUACGAUAUUGAUGAAAUUGAAAGAGAAGUCUUCAGCGCCGCUGGAUAUGUAGCCACUGUCACCAUGGAAGUAAUGGGAGAUCUAUUUCAAGGUGCGAAAAAAACAAAGACAUGGCUGGCAGAUUGUGCUCGACUAAUCUCGCAGCAAGGUCACCCAGUCGCAUGGAUAUCACCUAUCGGGGUGCCUGCUAUCCAACCGUAUCGUCAGCGGAGGCCAAGGACGGUUGUUACAGUCAUGCAGAAAAUCACCGUAGUAGACGAAAACGACGAUUUACAAGUCCACAAAAGUCGUCAGUGCACUGCAUUUCCUCCAAACUAUAUUCACUCCCUGGACUCGUCACACAUGUUGAUGACUGCACUGGAAAUGGACCGGCGAGGCUUGGCUUUCUCGGCUGUUCACGAUUCGUUUUGGACGCACGCCUGUGAUAUCGACGAGAUGAACGAGGCGUUGCGGGGCUGUUUUGUCGAGCUAUAUUCUCAGCCACUGUUGCAGGACCUCAAGGAAUCGUGGGAAUUGCGAUAUCCCGAAGUUGAAUUUCCUGAGAUCCCUGAACUGGGAAAUUUGGACCUGAACGAAGUGAAAUCUGCUACAUAUUUCUUUCAAUAAUGAUAYCGUUUYACCACUACUAGAACUUUAAAGAAGCUAAAAUAWAAUAUCAUCACAUAAUAGUGUCCAGUGUACUUAUUUUGUUACACAUAAAUCGUCACCAGUCGAGCAUCAGAAUGGUGACUUGACAGUUGCAACUUCUUGCUGCCUUCAAUCACAGCUACAGAACAAGAUAAAGACCAUYCUCCUUAUCACACGUUCCYAAACUGAAAUUAAACACCAGUCAAUAAUCAAUAUAAGUAGUUGAC